AUGGAGGUGGUGAGUGAAUGGUCUCGGAAGUGUGAGAUGCUGUGUGACCCGUUGCAGAAGCGUCGCAUGCGUGCGUUGUCCAGUUUACCGGGCUGGUUGGAGCGUGUAGAGGAGUCGGAGAAGACGUACGAGAAUUAUUACCGAGUUUUCAAGGCUUGUAUGACGUUGCUUCAUUUGACGGAUGGAGUAUACAACCAGCAGUCAGUGUCGGUGCAGUUGGUGACAUUGACGAGGACGAAUGAAGGAAAGCGCGCAUUGGUUUUUGGAGCGUUGUUGUGUGCGGCGCGCGAUUUUUGGAAGCACCUUGACCAGUACCGUGUGCCUAAGUUCUUAUUUCUGAUACGGUUGGUUGUUAGUGAGAUGCUGUUUAUAUGUAUUGACGAGUCCUGGGAUGAAAAAGUCGUUCGGGAUUUAUUUGCAUCAUUAGGUUUUGUAAUGCCAAUUUGCAACCUGCCACGAACUUUAGAUGGUCCUAAUAAUCGACUGAUGUCUACAUCUAAGAAGGAGUCCCUGCUUUUAAAGCAUCUGAAAACUACCCAAUGGGACGAGGACCCUGAGACUGAAAGCCCAAAGGAGGCCCAAAUUGACUUAAAGAGGACUGAAUAUUACAAUAUGAACUUGGUCGAUACCAGCAAGAGCAAAAAAAGACGGAAACACGUAGAAGAGUCCACUCCCGAGUGGCAUCCUGAGUGGUUCACUGAGUCCAGACGUGGAGUUGCUCAUAUAGAUGGUGCUAUUUGGCACCAGUGUGUCUCUGUAUGGUUUGACGAAUUACAGAAACAACUGAGAGGUCCGGUAUCGAUUUAUGGCUGUCAACCGAUCCUCAAUGAAGCCAAAGUCUUCAAGAAGCUAAACCAUGACUAUACCGACGCUCCUUGUUCUGAAGAGGUGUCCAUAUAUGUUCAUCCCGAUGCGGUUAAGUCCCUUGAUGACAGCCCGGAGGAUGACAGCCCGGAGGAUGACAGCCCGGAGGAUAGUACGGGCGAAAGCGAACAGGGAGACGAUGCCAGCAGUAACGAUAACAGCGUUGACCAGGACAAAUCAACUGCAGACGAACCAAGUUCAGAUAGCGACGAACAUGAGAUCCACGGAAGUGAAUCUGGUCAGGACAAGGGUUCAAUGGAACACGACAAGGAGGAUGGUGGACUCUCUUUGCAGCAGUUUGUCACAUUAAACACCCCCAUCUUCCGGGCACUGGCGGCGCACACGUGUGUGGAAGCCACCUGGGUUAAGGUCGUUUCCGUAUUUGACGAUUUCUUGGGCCGAUCCAGCUUUUAUGGCAGCCUGACCUCUUUCGCCCGAGCUCUCUGCGUCUGGCAUGUCUUUUUAGAGAAGCUGGUCGCCUCAGGACUCGUGCCGUCGACCUUAUCUGAAAGAGCAAACAAGUUCAGAAUCAGCAUCCACCAAAAAAUGAUGGGCCUGAAGCUCAGUCAAGUGCCCUUCGAUCUCUCGGAAGAGAGCCUCAGUUACAUAAAACAAAUCGCCUGCACCCACUCAUUGGUCCGAGCGGACGAAUUGUUGCGCUAA